AUGAAGACUAAUAUGUGCAAUCUCCCACAACACAGUAAGCCUGUAGAAAGAGGAACUAGAAUCCAGAAAGUGGAUGAUCAGGGGGUCCGUCGCAUGGUCGAUCUUGAAAUUGCGUCAUCGGCACCGGCUCACGAAGUAGAUAUCGAGUUCGCCCUUUCCAACUUCGUUUUAAUUUUCCACAACCCCAAGAUGAUUUGCAGGACAAUACUUUCGCAGGGAUUCCGCCAUGCAUCGCGGCCUUCGCGACCAAUCGCCGCUAAUCUCUCCAAACCUCAUCUCACGCGCCUCACACCUUCACAACUACGACUUCUGUCUACAGAAACAAGAGCGGCAAUAGACCAAGCCGUGGCCUCGAAGCCUGUCGUACUGUUCAUGAAGGGUACGCCAGAGACACCACAAUGUGGAUUCUCAAGAGCAAGCAUACAGAUUCUUGGAUUGCAAGGUGUGGAUCCGAACAAGUUCUCAGCGUUCAAUGUGCUAGAAGAUGAGGAGCUCAGGCAAGGUUUGAAAGAAUACUCGGACUGGCCUACGAUACCACAACUUUACGUGGGCAAAGAAUUUGUUGGGGGGUGUGACAUAUUAAUGUCGAUGCAUCAGAACGGAGAGCUUUCCAGGGUGUUGGAGGAGAAGGGAGUUCUUGUUCCUGCAGAAUCCCCUUCGGAAGCACCUCCAGAGGCACCUGCACAAUCGUGA